AUGGCCGAAUGUGUCCUCCGUCUCCUGGCCACCUACUUGGAGGAACUCGAGGCUCUGGACCUGAAGAAGUUCAAGCUAUACUUGGGGACUUCAGCAGAGGUGGGGAAAGACAAGAUCCCGUGGGGACGGAUGGAGAAAGCGGGGCCCCUGGAAAUGGCCCAGCUCCUUGUGGCCCAUCAUGGGUCCAGAGAGGCCUGGCAGCUGGCUCUGAGCAUCUUUAACUGGAUCAACCGAAAGGACCUGUGGGAAAAAGGACAGAAAGAAGAUCUGGUGAGGGAUCCUGCGGAAGCCUACCGUGACAACAUCCGGAGGAAAUUCCGGCUCAUGGAAGACCGCAACGCACGCCUGGGAGAGUGUGUCAACCUCAGCCAUCGGUACACUCGGCUCCUCCUGGUGAAGGAACACUCAAACUCCACAUGGGCCAAGCAGAAACUUUUGGCCACGGGCCAGGGCCACACCAGAACCGUGGACCACCUGGCCAGUCCCAUCCAGAUAGAGACCCUCUUUGAACCAGACGAGGAGAGACCUGAGCCCCCUCAUACUGUGGUCCUGCAAGGGGCAGCAGGGAUGGGCAAGUCCAUACUAGCUCACAAGGUCAUGCUAGACUGGGCUGAUGGGACGCUGUUUCAGGGCAGGUUUGAUUUCCUCUUCUACAUCAACUGCAGGGAGAUGAAUCAAAAGGCUGAGCGAAGCUUGCACGACCUUAUCUCCAGCUGCUGGCCGGAGCAGAGCGUACCUCUUCUGGAACUUGUCCGAGUUCCUGAGCGCCUCCUUUUCAUCAUCGAUGGCUUUGAUGAGCUCAAGCCUUCUUUCCAUCAUCCUCAGGGCCCCUGGUGCUUCCCCUGGCAGGAGAAACAGCCCACGGAACUCCUCCUGACCAGCCUUAUCAGAAAGAAGCUACUGCCUGAGUCCUCUCUGCUCAUCACCACCCGACCCACAGCUUUGGAGAAGCUCCAUCGUCUGCUUGAACAUCCGCGGCAUGUGGAGAUCCUGGGCUUCUCCGAGGCAGAGAGGAAGGAGUACUUCUACAAGUAUUUCCAUAGCAUGGAACAAGCCAACCAAGUCUUGAACUUUGUGAGAGACAAUGAGCCCCUCUUCACCAUGUGCUUUGUCCCCAUGGUGUGUUGGGUAGUUUGCACCUGCCUCAAGCAGCAGCUAGAGGAUGGAGGCCUUGUAAGACAGACCUCCAGGACCACUACAGCUCUGUACACACUCUACCUUCUGAGUCUGAUGCAACCCAAGCCAGGGACCCCGACCCACCAAGCCCCACCCCACCAGAAAGGACUGUGCUCUUUGGCAGCUGAUGGUCUCUGGAGCCAGAAGGUCCUGUUUGAGAAACAAGAUCUCCAGAAACACGGACUGGAUGGGAUGGAUGUCUCUGCCUUUCUCAACAUGAACAUCUUCCAGAAGGACAUCAACUACGAGAAGUUCUACAGCUUCAUCCACCUGAGUUUCCAGGAAUUCUUUGCUGCCAUGUAUUAUAUCCUGGACAGUGAAGACAGCGUGUUGGGGCCAGAGCAGGAUGUGAGUACCCUGUUGGUUGAGUACGGGUCAUCAGACAGGAGCUUCUUGGCACCCACUGUCCGCUUCAUCUUUGGACUCUUGAAUGAAGAAACAAGAAGCUACUUUGAGAAGAAUCUUUGUUGGAAGGUCUCGCCUCAAGUCAAGAUGGAACUCUUGAAGUGGAUUCACAGCAAAGCUCAGAGUGAGGGGUCCACGCUGCAGCAAGGCUCUCUGGAGCUCUUAAGCUGUCUGUAUGAGAUCCAAGAGGAGACAUUUAUCCAACAGGCCCUGAGCCCCUUCCAGAUGGUCGUGGUCAGUAAAAUCACCACCAAGAUGGAGCAUAUUGUCUCAUCAUUUUGCAUGAAGAGCUGCAAGAGUGUCCUGGUGGUGCACUUGUAUGGGGUAUCCUUCAGUGAAGACGAAGACGAUGGAGUGAGAGGGACCUCAGGGUUCCAGCCACCACUGGCACAGUUGCUGAAGAGAUGUAGAGUAUCCAGCUCAGGCUGCCAGGACCUGGCCGCGGCCCUGAUGGUCAACAGGAACCUCGUCAGGAUGGACCUCAGCUGCAACCAGCUUGGGCUGGCCGGCGUGAAGCUGCUCUGUGAGGGGCUCCGGCACCCUACAUGCAGGCUGCAGAUGAUCCAGGCAGAGAGGAACAUCCUACCCAACGCCUACAGUGAACAUCUGGCUGCCGCUCUGUGCACCAACCCUAAUCUGGUAGAGCUGGUUUUGUGCCGAAAUGCUCUGGGAAGCCAGGGGGUGAAGAUGCUGUGCCAAGGACUCAGACACCCCAACUGCAAACUUCAGAAUUUGAGGUUGCGCAAGUGUCACCUGGAGGCUGGUGCUUGUCAGGAGAUGGCAUCUGUACUCAGCACCAACCAGCACCUGCUGGAGUUAGACCUGACGGGCAACGCACUGGAGGACUUGGGGCUGAGGCUGUUGUGCCCAGGGUUGAAGCACCCAGCGUGCCGUCUACAGACGUUGUGGUUGAAGAUCUGUCACCUCACCGCUGUGGGCUGUGAAGACCUGGCCUCUGCCCUCAGCAGGAACCAGAGCCUGAGAGAGCUGGACCUCAGUUUGAACGACUUGGGGGAUCCUGGGGUGCUGCUGCUGUGUAAGGGUCUCAGCCACCCCACCUGCAAACUUCAGACCCUCCGGUUGGGCAUUUGCCGGCUGGGCUCUGCAGCCUGUGAAGGCCUCUCCACCCUGCUCCAGACCAACCACCACCUCCGGGAGCUGGACCUGAGCUUCAAUGACUUGGGGGACCCGGGCAUGGGGCUGCUGUGCGAGGGUCUGCGACACCCCACCUGCCGGCUCCAGAAACUCUGGUUGUUUGGAAUGGAUCUGAACAAGGCGACCCACAGAGAGCUGGCUGCGCUCCGCGUGAAACAGCCCAACUUGGACAUCGGCUGCUGA